GUCAAUGGUGUCCACAUACCAACCGAACUCGUUGGAAUCGUUCGAUCCACUACCAUCUAACCCAAACUUGACCUAUCCGAUGAGCAUGGUAGUCGAUGGCAGUUUAGAAGAUGAAGAUUCGAUAAGGUUGGUUCAAGUGAUGUGUGAAAGAGAUUCAAACCUGACGAACUCGACUUGCCUAAAACUCCUAUUUUCCACCCUUUUUUUUACUAGUUCUCCAUCCAUAUGAGGGUCUUUUUGUCAUUCUCCACAAUAUUCCAGUCAGAUUUCACCUCUAUUUCAGUAAGUUUUAGAUUUUUCUCUCCAUCGAUAUAAAGAGAUCUUAGCCAGAUCCAAUGAAAGUUUGGCCGAUUUGGUGAAAUUUACUCCACUGCCACAAACCUGAAUUCGACUAAUACUCGCCUUUCACUUGAUGAGGUCCGAUUCAACAUUCCUUCGUGGUCAAUAGUAGGUUCCAUUCUUUCCCACCUGAAUUGGCUAGGUCGACUCUAUGUUUGGUACCAAUCCGACUUGCGGACACUAUACAAAUAAGAACUAGUAAAAGUUUGUUAACUCAAUUAUUGUUAAAAAUAUCGUGAAACGUUUCAAAUUUGUAGCAUUGCUCAAAGCCUCAAAGUAAUAUACUAAUAUUCAUUCCAAUUGAGGUUGGGAACAACACAACCGUGCACCCAAACACCAGCUAAAACCCUUAAACCCUAUGCCCUCAACAUUUCAGAACCAGAAGAACCCCUACUACGGUACUGUUUGGAAGCUGGGAAAGCAAGAGAGAAAAAGAAUAGUGACCCAUGACGGAAAGUCCAAAGCACUUGCUAGACACCACCUCCGAAGCCCCUCAACGACCCUCCAAAAUAGCAAAAACCACCACCGACUCCGAAGACGAAGAGGAACAUCAACAAGAACAAGAACAAUCGGAAAAGCCCACGAAUCCAAAUCCUAGAAUGCAACGGUACCUGGUCGCAAUAGAGUACAUUGGGACUCGUUUCUCUGGGUCCCAGCAACAGCUCAAUUGCCGUACAGUCGUUGGGGCUCUUCAGGAAGCUUUUCAUAAAUUUAUUGGCCAGCCAGUUUCAAUUUUUUGUUCAAGUCGAACGGAUGCAGGAGUGCAUGCCUUAUCAAAUGUUUGUCAUGUAGAUGUUGAACGCAUAAGCAAAAGAAAGCCAGGUGAAGUGUUACCACCUCAUGAACCUACAGUGGUCAAAAAAGCUGUGAACCAUUUCUUACAGAAGAAUGAAGGUGAUGUAACGGUGAUUGAUGUUCGAUGUGUUCCAGCUGAUUUUCAUGCCAGGUUCAAGGCUAAAGAGCGCACGUACUUUUACCGUUUGCUUUGUGGGCCAGAAUCUUUGUCAACCUUUGAGAGAGACCGAGCAUGGCAUGUUCCUGAGUUAGAUCUUCUUGCUAUGCAGGAAGCAUGCAAAGUUCUUGUUGGGCAUCAUGAUUUUAGUUCCUUUAGAGCUGCUGGUUGUCAGGCUAAAUCACCAAUGAGAACUUUAGAUGAACUAGAUGUUUCCGAGGUAGUUUCAAAUCCAUAUUUCCCGUCAAUAAUUGAAAGGAGACAAAAUGAUCGAACCCAGGAAGAUCUUCAUGCAAGCUCCAACACGUCUGAGACUGACCUGCCUCUUAGUUCUAUUUCAAUUGAUGAAAAGGCAAGAGGCUUCAAUGGUGGAACUGAUCUUGGAUUUGGCAUAAGAAGAAGGCAUCGUUGCUUUGUAGUAACAGCACGUUCAUGCUCUUUUCUUUACCACCAGUUCAUGCAUUGCAAGAUAUCCUCUGAAAUCAUGAUCAGGUUAGACUGCUUGUUGGUGUUCUAAAAGCUGUUGGAACUAGAGAGUUGACAAUUGCAGAUGUUGAGAGAAUCCUAAAUGCAAAGACUGUGACUGCUGCAAGUCCCAUGGCCCCUGCAUGCGGUCUCUACCUUGGUCAUGUGAAAUAUGAUCUGCCCUGAUAGUAUAAUGGAUUUUUGGUUUCAUCAAAACAUGCCACGAACUUCUGUGUCACCAGAACAUACAGUACAGCAAAUUUUCCAUCUGCAACGUUGCCAAUAUCCAUGCGGUUGUUGACAUAGGAUGAAGACAGCUUACAGAUGUAUAAUCAUAUAUUUGCACUUAUGCUAUGACAGAUUGGUGGUCACUGAGGCAUGAGAAGAGCAACUUUACAGCAAUGUAAUUGUCUGGAAUUUUUAACUGCCUGGAUGUGCCCUUUUUUUAUAGAGGGUUGGAUCUUGAAAAUGAAUGACAUUGAUUGAAAACUAAUCUUCUUUGGUCUUA